UUGAGCCAACAUGGCGCCGACACGACAGAGUUUCAUGGCAGCUGGUCUUGUUGCUACGGGAAGCUAGACGAGCAUUAGCCCAGGUUUCCAAGCUAAGACAAGGUAGUGAAGAUAUCCAAAGGUAAACACAUAGAUGGCGCGAGUGGUGUUCCUCCAUCCAGACCUGGGUAUUGGUGGUGCAGAGCGACUGGUGGUUGAUGCUGCUGUCGCUCUUAAGGCUCAGGGGUGUAGUGUUCAGAUCUGGACGGCACAUUAUGAUCCAACACACUGCUUCUCUGAAACCCUGGACCCAGACCUGCCUGUAGUAUGUGUGGGUGACUGGCUUCCCACUGGUGUGUUUGGCUACUUACAUGCCCUGUGUGCCUACCUGAGGAUGAUCUAUGUGGCUCUCUACCUGGUGUUCCUCAGUGGGGUGGAGUAUGAUGUCAUCUUCUGUGAUCAGGUGUCGGUGUGUAUCCCAGUGCUGCGUCUGUCCCGUCACAGGAAGAAGGUUCUGUUUUACUGUCACUUCCCAGACCAGCUGCUGACCCAGAGAAAGUCAACUUUGAAGAAGCUUUACCGCGCUCCCAUUGACUGGCUGGAGGAAUACACCACGGGCAUGGCUGAUAUGAUUCUGGUAAACAGCCAGUUCACUGCAGGCAUCUUCAGGGAGACCUUUCAUAGUCUAAGUAGAGUCCAGACAGAUGUCCUCUAUCCUUCCCUCAAUACGCGUACCUUUGACCAGCCGUCCACUGAAGCACAAGGCCUUGAAGGGCUGCUCCCUGAGGAAACCUCCUGCCUGUUUCUCUCUCUGAACCGAUAUGAGAGAAAGAAGAAUCUGGGCUUGGCUCUGGAGGCUCUGGCAGCCCUGAGGAGCAGCCUUCCUCCAGGCCAGAGAGCAGGCAUUCACUUGGUGGUGGCGGGUGGCUAUGAUGACCGAGUUACUGAGAAUGUUGAACAUUACACUGAACUGAAAGAGCUGGCAGCGCAGCUCCAUUUGGAGGACUGUGUCACUUUCUUGCGCUCCCCUUCUGAUUCACUGAAGGUGGCGCUGCUGCGGGGCAGCGCUGCUGUGCUCUACACCCCGAGCAGAGAGCAUUUUGGUAUAGUUCCCGUUGAGGCCAUGUACUGCUGCUGCCCUGUUAUCGCUGUGAACUCUGGGGGCCCCCUGGAGAGCGUGGCAGACCAGGAAACGGGCUUCUUGUGUGAGCCCACAGCCGAAGCCUUCUCUAAGGCCAUGGAGAGGCUCGUCAGGGAGCCACAGCUCCGCAGGGACAUGGGACAAGCUGGAAAGAGGAGGGUACAAGAUAAGUUCUCUCUUCAGGCCUUCUCAGACCAGCUGUAUGGGUACAUUGUCAGGCUGAGCCAGUGAUGUGAAGCUGGAGGAGAGGCAAGAGAAAACCAGUGAAAUUGUGGAAAAACGAUCCUCUGCUGAACUGUGAAACUGAAGACUGGGGUCUGAGUUGAAGUGGAUGUCUUCUAACAGAGAAUGUAUGUGUAUAUGUGCAGGUAGGUGGUGGGGUAUUAUGAGGACUUAGAGGACAAUUAAUCAGCAUUCCCUUGCAGUGGUUGCUGAGAGGAAAAAAAGGAUGGAAUCUCUAUACUAAUUAAGAAAAGAGUAACGAGUUUACCUACCCUAUCUCUGGAAAAAUACCACCCCUGCAAGUGUGUACGAGCGUCCGUGUGUAAUUGUGCAUGUGUAGCAGCGUGGCAACCAAGAGCCCAGCAAAUGAGUGUACCAAAAGGAUUGAUUGUUAGAGUGAAAUGUUUUGCACUGUGUAUGUUUUUUUCUUGCUUUUCUACAGUAGUCUUUGUCUUUGUGUGUUUGGGGGUUGAAGAAGAAGAAUGUAGUUACAACUAUGUGCCAUCAGGCAGUACACAGUCUCAGAUCGAUAAACAAGAUGCUUUCCGCUACUUCCUGUCCACCCAGAGCUUAGCUUCACAAGAUGCUGACAGAGAGUGUUUGGCUUUAUUAGAGGUCUGGCUGAUGGGCAGUGUGCCUGUGUCUGGGUCAUUAUCAGCGAGGAGAAUAGCAGAAGGUCAUUGUGUCUGCGCACUGGCCUCCUCAGCCCUCCUACUGUAUAGAAAUGCUCUUAUUGACAUUCCUGAAGUCUUAAUAAACAAGAGGACAAAUAGUUUCCUGACUCUUA